AAUGUGAGGACUAGCACGUUACUACCAAUAUGUUAUUACUAAUAUUAUUAUACUUAGCUACUGUGCGGAUUUAUUGUUUUGCGUCCAAAAAAGAUAUAGUGCUUAAUGACGAUGAUAACACGACAUGUUCUUACAAAAAAUGUAUAAAUAAGUGUUGCGCUAAGAACCAAUAUGCGAUUGUUGGUGAGAACAACUUUAUUUGCACUGACAUAGAUUUCAAGACGAACUACUCAACUGUAUAUCUCUACGACAGGCACGAACAUGAUAAGCUCACGAAUAAAACCUUGGGCGAUAUGUUUAUGUUACUACCAGGAAAAUUUUCGAAUGAUACAUUUCUCAAUUCACAAUUUUUUUAUGACAGUGAUGGAUUACCUACUUAUUUAAACGAGGAAGGCUUGGUAUACACAGAAGUGCCUAAUACGUACUGCCGAUGGCGAAAUAUACCAACAACAGAUUUCUGCAUAGACUAUUUUGUUGGUUCUGAAUUUGGCCAAUCAGUGAAACUUCGACUGAGCAUUGUAGAACCGACUGAUGAUGAUGACGACGAUACGCGGGAAGAUUAUGAAAUUUAUGGUAUCAUCUUGUCUGCAGUAUUCCUUGGAUUGAUUCUGCUCGUGUACUUCUUAUUACCAGAAUUGCAGAGUCUUGGUGGUAAAAUAUUGAUGUCAUGCGUGGGUAGCAUGAUGGUCGUAUAUGUUCUGCUGGCGAUAAUGAAAUAUGGAUCAAUCCUGGAUCAGAUGUGUAUAAUUUUCACAUGUGCUAUAUAUUACUUUUUCAUGGCUACGUUUUGUUGGAUGAAUGUCAUGAGCUACGACAUAUGGUGGACAUUUCGGUUCCAGGGUGUGACGAGGAAAAACUAUGCAUUACCGAGGCAAAUACCAAAAAGAAGUCACACGAGUUCAUUAGAAUCAGAUAUAAGUCAAGAAAUACCUCCCAACAAUAUAAGCUUUCACCCUAAUGGAAGUAACUUAAACUGAACGAAGACUUUUAAUAUAUAAUAGUAAAAUGAAGUUGAAUAGUAUGGAUAUGCUGUAUAUUAAAUAUAUUUUUGUGAUAUCAGA